AUGCAUUUCUCUUCUACUGCACUCCUCGCCCUUUGCUCUAUCAGCGUGACCUACGCGGCGCCUUUCGCCAAUCCCGAGAACGAAGACCUCGCUCGCCGCGCAGCCUACUCCGUGGUCAAUGCCGAUGAAGACUCUUCCAGCUCAGUUGCACGUGAAGUCGACACUGUCUUCGAAACCUCCACAGUUACUGCCCCUGGUGCCGCCCCAGUGCCCAUCACUGUGACUGUGACUGCCACACCUUCUAGCGUGGCCCAGUCCUCGACUCCUGCGGCUAGCUCUACUCCGUGCUGGGAGACUCCUAAUGUUCUUCCAACCGCUGGCUCUUCCUCUUUCUUCCGCCGGGGCCUGAGAGCCGCUGGUCAACCUGCUCUUUUUGCUCGCGAGUACUCUAGCUCCUCUUCUGCUUCGCUGUACGCGAGCGGGUAUCCUACUGCCUCUGCCGCUGAGUCUCUCUAUGCUCGUGGCUGGUACUCUUCUGCUGCUACCCCCUCUGCCUCGGCGACUCCCCUCGUGGCUCGCGGCUUCGGUGAUUCGUACUCUUCCGCUUCCGUCUCACCUUCCUCCUCCGUCGCUGCCACUUCCCUCGUCGCCCGUGGCUGGUACUCUUCUGUUGCUACCCCGUCUGCCUCGGCGACUCCCCUCGCGGCUCGUGGCUGGUACUCUUCUUCUGCUACCCCCUCUGCCUCAGCGACUCCCCUUGUGGCUCGCGGCUUUGGUGACAGGUCCUCUUCCGCUUCCCCUUCUUACUCUAGCGUGAACGUCCCGCUCUCACCUACUCCCCUCGUUGCCCGCGACUCGUACCCUUCCCCCUCCGGCACUGCCUCCAGCCCGAGCGUCCUUACUUCAGCUGCUCCUCUGGCUGCCCGCGGCCCCUAUGGCUGGUACUCUUCCGUCCCAGGUGCUACCUCUGUUGCAACACCUUCUGCCUCUCCCGCUCUUGUAGCCCGUGGUGUCCGCAGCUGGGGCUCUUCCAGUGUCUCUUCGCCUGUCUCCAGCACCUUCGUUGCAUCGGCUACUCCUGUGGCCUACUAA